AUGGCUUCGGUAAUUAGAAAAGCCAACAUUCAAGGCGAUGUUUGGCCCGGAUUGCCCAAGAGAUUUCAAUCCUUUCUAUGUUUCCGCAUCAAGAAGCCCGAUGAAUUCAAGUCGCGGCUUCGCUCCUUUAUACCUCAGAUCACAACUGCUCAAGCAGCCUGUGAAAUGAAGGAAACAAUUGCGAAGGAAAAGGCGCUGGCUCGAAGCCAAAACCGGUCAGCUAAACUUCAGCCCUUGCCCGGUGUCAACAUAUCCUUUGCUUCCACAGGCCUGGCAGCGUUGGGAAAAUUCACCUUCGAUGAAGCGAAGGUCAAGCAGGAUAGGAAGUUGUCUGUUAUCUUCAGAAACAACCAGCUCCGCGGUGGCUUGUUUGGGAAAGGCAUGUACGACGACUUGGUGGGCGAGGGCUGGGAUGAUCCCCGAGACAUUCGCGAGGCUUAUAAACCUUUUGGUGAUAACAAAGAUCGUUUGAUCGAUGGAGUCAUUAUGGUGACAUCAAGUCUCGAGCCGGAUUUGAUCGAGAAGGUCAAGCGCGUGAAGGAACAUUUCUUGAAAGAUGCAGGCAGUGACCCAGACAAUUACACCGUCAGCAAAGACCCCGCGAUUGACUUUUGUUUUGUCCGGCAUGGCAGAACAAGACCUGAAAAGGGCAAAGAGCACUUUGGAUUUCAAGAUGGACUCAGUCAGCCCCAGAUAGAGGGCUUAGACCCGGAACCUCAAGGCAGAGAACCAAAGGCAGUCAAAUCAGGAAUGAUCUUUUGUGGUCACGAGGGGGAUGAGAUGAAUCAACCGAAGUGGGCGCUGGAUGGUAGCUUCCUCGUUCUCCGCGAUCUUCAGCAGCUUGUCCCAGAAUUUGACAAAUUCAUGGAAGAAAAUGCCCACAAAGCUCCAUUUACCAAAGACUCUCCCAAUCCCAAGGAGAAGCUAGCGGCUUACCUCAUGGGUAGAUGGAGAAACGGAACCCCAGUUGAUGAGUCUCCUCACGACGACAGCAAUGUAGACCUCCAUAAAUCAAACAACUUUGAUUACCAUCCUACCAACAAGCAUGACAAAUGUCCAUUCGCGGCCCACAUCCGUAAGAUGCGACCUCGCGGCGAUCUCGAGGAUGACCAUGCUGUCAUCAUUCGUCGUGGAAUCUCCUACGGAGGAGACGUCACACCAGAGGAGAAGGCUUGUCAAAAAUCGGACCCCGAUCACGAGCGAGGACUGCUCUUUAUUUGCUAUCAGAGCGAUAUUCGCAAUGGUUUCAAUUUCCUUACUACGCGCUGGGCAAGUAACCACCACUUCCCCGAUCGCAAAGAUAUGUUCGUGGGAGGGGAUGGGCCGGGUAUCGACGCGAUCGUUGGGCAGAGGCUUUCUCAUCACCCCCCUCGCUCCAUUGGCCUUCCUGAUGGCAACGAUCCUACCGAGGCUCGCAUGGAACUGGACAGCUGGGUUGUUCACAAGGGUGGCGAAUAUUUCUUCACGCCUUCUAUCGAAGCGCUUGAAACUUAUCUCACAGGUCCUUCAGAUUAUCCUUUAGCCCGUAUAUCCAAGCUUUGA